AUGCUGUCAGCCUUGGCGGACCGACCUGCGCUGGCCGGCCUCCUCCCGUACGCUGCACUCUUCUACGGCUCGCCGAGCACGUACAUCUUUUAUGACGCGGAAGGCCACGCGCACGACGUGCAACAAGGCGAAGGAGGAGAGCAGGGCGACCCAUUGAUGCCGUCGUUGUUCGCCCUAGGCCAACAUAUGCCAACAUCAAGCGCUGCUCGAGACCAGAGCUCGACUUCACCCGUCGAACACUAUUUAUGCGUUCAUAUGCGUUCCUCCACACGGUAUCACCCGGUCGGCCAGUUCGCCAUCGUGCGCGAGGCCCUCGCGCGACAUGCCAACAUCCAGGUGCACCUCGGUAAGACACGCGCGUGGAACAGCGUGGGGGAGGAACCCCCGGGACUCCUCGAGGUGCUCCCCCCACGGGGCCCCGAGAACCCGUGCUGGACGGGGAACUGGGCCCUCCCAGCUGCCGAGCAAGGCGUGCACAUGGUGGUGCUGGGCAGCCCCGUUGGCAGCCGCGACUUCAUCGCCGCGAAGCUCGCCCAACGACUGCAGCACCCGGAACUGUGA